AUGCUCGUCUCCUCCGCGAGGCUGAACCACAAUCCCAUCGCUAUUUCGCAGGUGGGACGAGCCCCAUGCGUCCCCUUCUCGGGCCCGUCGUCGCUCCCUGCUGUCCUCCGACCUCCCGCUGUCCGCCUCGCCAACCCCGUCAAUCACGUCCCUCGAAUUACCCCAAUCGCUAUCCCGCCUGCGAACGUCUCGGACGAGAAUCUUGCGUUCGCACCACAGUCUCCUCUCCUCAGUGUCCCCGAACAGCGGCGCAGCCGCUUAACUCCAUCCCCCACAUCCCCAACCAGUCUCGUCGUUGAACGCAGCCAGGGGGAAACCGACAGUGGACGCACAAGUAUCGGACUACCUCCACGUCACAAACGCAGUCAACAAAUAUCACCCACCGAGAUGGCUGCGGCGUUCGCUGGCAGUGCGGCGCGGGAUGUCGAAAAGCUGCGUUCACCAGAGGCGGUUCAUUUGACGCAAGAUGGGACCCGUCGCGAUGAUGGCCGGCCCCGCCAUGUGCAGUCCCAAACUUCUCUCCGAUCACAAUCCCAAAUUGCCUCCAUCCCCUCCAACACCGGCCAGGCCCCUCCUGAGAUCGCCGAAGAAUUGGCCUGGGGUCCCGCCCAUCCUUGCUACCCUCAUUUCAACCCUCAUGUCCCCAUUGGCUCACAAGAAUACCUCACAACGCGCAUUAUUCGCGUUCGACGCGACUGGAUGAUCAAGGGCGAUCUGGCACCGACCUUCUCUAAUUUAUACCCCGAGAUAUUGGACCCGUUACUAUCUGAGCAAGAGUUCCGCAAGGUCAUUGCCACAGUUAACGACGCCACGAUCAAGGCCUUCGACCCGUACAGCCUAAGAAAUUGGGUUGACGGAGCAAUCGGCCUUCUGACCGGCUGGGUCUGGGACGACUUGAAUGCGCCUAGCAUCAAGAGGCAAUUGCAGCAUAUCGAGGACUGGUUGGAAAACUGGAACCGUGAAGUAGGUUCCAAGGAUGGCGUUCAUAUAUGGAGCCUACGACGGACGGCGUAUAUGUCCAUCGACAUCCAAAUCCCCGAUCCCAAGGUCGGCAUUGUGCCCAGUGAGGGCGGUCCCUCCUUACCAAAUACGAGGCCCAGCACUGGCAUGGGCAACUGA